CUUUGUGAUCGCCAGCCCCACUGCGGUCUUGCACCCUGUGGGAUCCGGUCCUUUCCCUCGCUCUCAGCCCCAAGAUUCGUACCCGGGCCCUGGGUAGCUUACCGCUGAUGAACCAAGGUUAGAAGUAGCAGAAAAUUUGUGUAUGGGAGUCCCAAAUGCAACGACACAUCAGUUUUGCUGACUCUAUCCGGAUGUUUAAGGAGUGACCAGAUAUUUCCUUGCAAAACUGAUAUAUAUCAUUUGUCGAUCCUUGGAGAUGAAGAAUAUCUCAUUCCAGCUGGAAGUGUACUUUGUGUCUGAAAUGUAGUUCUCUGUUAUUCGUUAGAGAUCAGUUCUUCAACUGCAUUGAUUGUGCGAGGGAUUAAAGACAUCUGACAUCUGACUUACAGAAUUGCCCGAAAAUUGAUCACAGUGAGGUAUCAUUCCGCUUCUCUGUGUGGGAAGAGAGUUACUCACAGCCUGCCCAUAGACACGUCAGUGAGUUCAGAGUGGGGAAAAGCCAUUCACCUGCUCUGUGUGGAAGGCAAUCUUCUCAGUCAUCCAGCCUGAAGAUACAUCAGCAAGUUCACAUCUUAGUGAGAUACUCCACCUGUUCUGACUGUGGGAAACAAUUCAUUCUGUCAUCGAUGGUAAUGAUAUUAGAAAGUUCACCAGUGAGAGUACGAUAACCUGCUCACACACUGGUGCGAGGCCGUUCACCUGCUCUGAAUGUGGAAAAGGGUUAACUCAGUCAUCUCAACUGAACAAACCUCUACAAAUGCACUCUGAGAAGAUGCCAUUCACCUGCUCAGACUGUGGGAAGGAAUUCACUCGGUCAUCUGACCUCAAAGUACAUCAGCGAGUUCACACUGGGGAGAAACCGUUCACUUGCUCAGACUGCGAGAAGGCAUUCGCUCGGUCGUCUCAACUGAAUGCACAUCAGCGAGUUCACACUGGGGAGAGGCUGUUCACCUGUUCUGAAUGUGAGAAGGCAUUCACAGACUCACAUGCAUUACAGAGACACCGUCGAGUUCACACCGGGGAGAAGCCAUUCACCUGCUCGGACUGUGGAAAGGCCUUCACACACUCAUCCACGCUACAGAGACAUCAUCGAGCUCACACAGGGGAGAGGCCGUUUACCUGCUCUGAAUGUGGGAAAGGAUUCACUCAGUCAUUCCAAAUGAAGGAACAUCAACGAGUUCACACUGGGGAGAAACCGUUCACCUGCUCAGAUUGUGGGAAGGAAUUCACUCGGUCAUCUGACUUGAAAGUACAUCAGCGAGUUCACACUGGGGAGAAACCGUUCACCUGCUCUGUAUGUGGGAAGGGAUUCACUCGGUCAUCUCACCUACUGGUACACCAGUUGGUUCACACCGGUGAGAGGCCAUUCACCUGCUCAGACUGUGGGAAGGGAUUUACUCACUCAUCCACACUAAGGAAACAUCAGUUGGUUCACACUGGGGAGAGGCCAUUCACCUGCUCUGAAUGUGGGAAGGGAUUCACUCGGUCAUCUCACCUACUGACACACCAAUUAGUUCACACAGGGGAGAGGCCAUUCAUCUGUUCUGUAUGUGGAAAGGGAUUCACGCUCUCAUCCACACUACAGAGGCACCAGCGGGUUCACACUGGGGAGAGGCCGUACACUUGUUCUGAAUGUGGAAAGGCAUUCACUCAAUCAUCCAGCCUUUUGUCUCACUACAGAGUUCACACUGGAAAGAGGCCCUUCACCCACGCUGAAUGUGGGAAGUGAUUCACUCAGUCACCCUCCCCUGUGUCGCACCACUGAAUUCACACUGGGGAGAGGCCCUUCACCUGCUCUGAAUGUGGGAAGGGAUUCACUCAGAAAUCUGAACGUGUCACACUCCCAAGCUUUGACCAGAUGCCAGUCGGAGAGAUCAGAAUCUCUUCGAGGUUUCAGUGAGGAGAGGCUUCAGUUAGAGAAGACAAAAAAAGAGCUGUAGGUGAAGUUUUAUUCCCCUUGCGCUUUUAUAUUUGCUCAUUUAGAACAGUAGAAAUUCCAGGCAGGACAGUGGGAUGAACCCCUUUCCCAGAUGGUAUGUUGCCUCCUGGAUACCAGAGUCUGGGACAUCUUGAAUUGAAUCCACAGAAUUCUUAACUGGGAAGGUGAAUAGCCAAAGGUCAUGCUGCAUGCUGGUACUGAUGACAUGGUUAGGAUGAGUGAUGAGGUUCUGCAAAGGGAGUUAGGUGCUAAGGUUUAGGGGAGGAUCUCUGGGGUUGAGAGCUCUGGAUUGCUACCCGUGCCACAUGCCAGUGCGACCAGAUAUAGGAAGAUUAUACUGGUAACCAUGUGGCUUAGGAGUUGGUGUAGGAAGGAGGGCAUAACAUUUUAGGAUCAUUAGAGCCUGUGAGGUUUAGGAUGUGUGCAGCAGUGAGUGCAUUGGGGGAAGGGGCUAUCAGUGAUGUGCGCACACUAACAUGCAGUUGGGGAGAUAGUGGAGGGGAGGGAGGGAGAAGGGGAUUGAGGGAAUGGGAGAGGGGAUGGAGAUAGGGCUCCCACACCAGGUCCCAGAAUUGGCCCCAUUCUCCCCCCCUCCCCCCAAGCUGGGGGUAAGCAUUGAGUUGCCAUGCCUAGAAGAAAAUGAAUCGUUCAAUAGUACUGUACACGUAUAUGGCUAAUGUACUUUGAUAAGAAAUUUACUUUGGAAUGUAUUGUUUGUAAAACAUGUACUGAUGCAAAAUGGUUUCAAUGAACAUCUGAGACCGGAAAACAAACUGGUGAUGGGCCCUGCUGCUCCAUGCCAGCCAAGAACCCCCUCCUGAGUCUGUUCCAGCUGCCUGUGCUUGAUCCAUCUCCCCAUGUACCUGUCCUAGUAUCUUUUAUUUUCCCUCUUCACUCCAUUCUGGCAGGGGGGAACUGAACUGAAGUGACAGAGGAAAGGGAGGUUGGCUCAGAAAUAGAGAAAGCUUGAAGACAAUGCAAAAGGAAGGACAGGCAGGUGAUAGAGAAGGGAAACGCUCAGACCGAUGGUUUAAAAUGUGUCUAUUUUAAUGCGAGGAGUAUUAUAAAUGGCUACUUCAAGUGCUAGGCUUUAGAUGUUUCAGAAAGGACAAGGAGGGUGAGAAAAGAGUUGGGAGUGUGGCACUGUUGAUCAGAGAUAGUGUCACGCAGAAAAGGAGGAAGUCGUGGAGGUGUUGUCUACAGAGUCUCUGUGGGUGGAACUUUGAAAUAGGAAGGGGUCAAUAACUACUGGGUGUUUUAUAUAGACCCACCCAAUAGUAACAGGGGCAUCGAGGAGCAGAUAAGGAGACAGAUUCUGGAAAGGAGUGAUAAUAACAGGGUUGUUGUGGUGGGAGAUUUUAAUUUCCCAAAUAUUGAUCAGCAUCUCCUGAGAGCAAGGGGUUCAGAUGGGGUCGGGUUAGGUGUGUUCAGGAAGGUUUCUUGACACAAUUUUAGAUAAGCCUAGAAGAGGAGAGGCUGUACUUGAUCUGGUAUUGGGAAAUGCACCUGGUCAGGUGUCAGGUCUCACAGUGGGAGAGCAUUUUGGAGAUAGUGAUCACAAUUCUAUCUCUUUUACCAUAGCAUUGGAGAGGGGUAGGAACAGAGAAGUUAACGUUUAAUUGGAGUAAGGGGAAUUAUGAGGCUAUCAGGCAGGAACUUGGAAGCUUAAAUUGGAAACAGAUGUUCUCAGGGAAACGUACAGAAGAAAUGUGGCAAAUGUUCUGGGGAUAUUUGUGUGGGGUUCUGCGUAGGUACGUUCCAAUGAGAUGGAAAGGAUGGUAGGGUACAGGAACUGUGGUUUACAAAGGCUGUUGUAAAUCUAGUCAAGAAGUAAAGAAAAGCUUACGAAAAGUUCAAAAAACUAGGUAAUGAUAGGAAUCUAGAAGAUUAUAAGGCUAACAGGAAGGAGUUUAAGAAUGAAAUUAGGAGAGCCAGAAGGGGCCAUGAGAAGGCCAUGGCAGACAGUAUUAAGGAAACCCCCAAGGCAUUCUACAAGUAUGUGAAGAGCAAGAGGAUAAGACUUCACAGAAUAGGACCAAUCAAGUGUGACAGUGGCAAAGUGAUUAUGGAACCGGAAGAGACAGCAGAGGCACUGAAUGAAUACUUUGUUUCAGUAUUCACUAUGGAAGAGGAC